AUGUUUUACAAGGCAUGUGUCACCGAAAGGUGCUUGGUCAAGAAGCUCAAGGAAAAAAGAGAUGAACUAGAUAGUCUGAUAACUGCCAUUACAACAAAUGGGGCACAUCCCACCAAAUGUGUAACAAUUCAGCGGACACUGGAUGGGCGGCUACAGGUCGCUGGACGAAAAGGUUUUCCGCAUGUUAUUUACGCAAGAAUUUGGCGAUGGCCAGAUUUACAUAAAAACGAGCUUAAACAUGCAAAAUUCUGUCAGUAUGCUUUUGAUAUAAAAGCAGAUAGCGUAUGUGUCAAUCCAUAUCAUUACGAGCGGGUAGUUUCCCCUGGAAUAGACUUAACCGGACUUUCAUUACAACACACUGCACCCAGUCGACUGGUAAAAGAUGAAUAUGGUCAUGAUGGUCAACUCAAUGGAAGUGGGGCUGGUGAAGGCUCUCAAACGGUGCAACAUCCACCUCAAGAUAAUUUUGGUCUCAUGCCAGGAAUACAGCCACAAGCCCCUAAGUUCAGAGCAGGGAAUUCUGCAGAUGAUAAGCAACAGACUAGUUUAGUCAAUAAACUCCUUAUUUCUUUCCCAUUACCCUCCCCACAACUUUUUUCUUUUAAUAAAUGA